AUGCAUAAAUUUGUCACAGCCACUGUUACACUUCGUGAAGGUACCGGUCAAGUUAAAAUAAAAUCACCUGUACCAACGUAUGUCACGGAUAUACUCUAUUUUACGAGAAUAAUGCACAGGGAUCAAAUAUUAUAUCCGUUUAAAGUAUUGGAGCGUGUGAAUACAUUCGAUGUUGAUAUUGAAUGGGAUGGAACGGGAUUUUCAAAUCAAGCAACUUCAAGUAGAUUAGCUAUUUCAAAAGCAUUGUGCAGUUUUAUUAGUUCAAGAGAAAUUGAACAUUUGAGAUUAGGUAUGAUAAUACAGCCGCGUGAUAUUAAUACUUCAGCAUGA